GUCUCUUUAAGGCCCCGCCGCGCCUGCGCCGAGAGCCUUCCUGCCGCGGCCGGGCCGGACCGUGAGGAGCGGCUGCGGGGCACGCCGACCGGGGGACGCCGGUAGCUGAGGCCGCGGCGGCGCUGGAGGAGCGGGUCGGGGGAGAGGCCGCCCGGAGCUCCCGGUGAGCGCGGCGCCCGGCCGGGGCCGGGAGGACGGCCGGCGGCGUCGGGGGCGAGGCCGAGGCGCUGGGACGCGGCGGCGCGGCUGCCGGCUGGAUGGGAAGUUCAUGUUGACGGCGGAGUCCACCCCACGUUUCCAAGGUGGCGACAGACAAGGUUGCAGAAAAGUUGAGCUCUACUCUCUCAUGGGUGAAGAACACAGUAUCACAUACAGUCAGUCAGAUGGCCAGUCAGGUGGCCAGUCCAUCUGCUUCGUUACACACCACAUCCUCCUCUACCACGCUGUCGACGCCAGCCCUGUCACCGUCUUCCCCGUCUCAGCUGAGUCCAGACGACUUAGAACUCCUGGCUAAACUGGAGGAACAAAAUAGAUUGUUAGAGACGGACAGUAAGUCUUUAAGAUCUGUAAAUGGGUCAAGAAGAAACAGUGGCUCCUCCCUUGUAUCAAGUUCAUCAGCCUCUAGCAACCUCAGCCACCUGGAAGAAGACUCUUGGAUUCUUUGGGGAAGAAUUGUCAAUGAAUGGGAAGAAGUGCGCAAAAAGAAGGAAAAGCAAGUUAAGGAGCUUGUUCGUAAGGGGAUACCCCAUCAUUUUAGAGCAAUAGUUUGGCAACUUCUAUGCAGUGCACAAAGUAUGCCGAUUAAAGAUCAGUAUUCAGAACUCCUGAAAAUGACCUCACCUUGUGAAAAAUUGAUCCGAAGGGACAUUGCUAGAACUUACCCUGAACACAAUUUUUUUAAGGAAAAGGAUAGCCUUGGACAGGAGGUUCUGUUUAAUGUAAUGAAGGCGUAUUCUUUAGUGGAUCGCGAGGUUGGUUACUGUCAAGGAAGUGCUUUUAUAGUCGGAUUAUUACUUAUGCAGAUGCCAGAGGAAGAAGCUUUCUGUGUAUUUGUGAAACUAAUGCAAGAUUAUAGACUCCGUGAACUUUUUAAACCAAGCAUGGCAGAAUUGGGCCUUUGUAUGUACCAGUUUGAAUGCAUGAUACAGGAGCAUCUUCCAGAGCUCUUUGUACAUUUUCAGUCUCAGAGUUUUCAUACCUCAAUGUAUGCGUCAUCUUGGUUUCUGACUAUCUUCCUGACGACUUUUCCGCUACCAAUUGCAACAAGGAUAUUUGAUAUCUUUAUGUCUGAAGGUUUAGAAAUAGUGUUUCGGGUAGGACUGGCGCUUCUUCAGAUGAACCAGGCAGAACUGAUGCAGCUCGACAUGGAAGGGAUGUUACAGCACUUUCAGAAGGUCAUUCCGCAUCAGUUUGAUGGUGGCCCAGACAAGUUAAUCCAGGCAGCUUACCAAGUCAAAUAUAACUCAAAAAAAAUGAAAAAGCUUGAAAAGGAAUACACUACAAUAAAAACUAAAGAAAUGGAAGAACAAGUUGAAAUUAAAAGGUUACGCACAGAAAAUAGACUUUUAAAACAGCGCAUUGAAACAUUAGAAAAAGAAAGUGCUUCCUUGGCAGAUAGAUUGAUACAGGGACAAGUGACAAGAGCCCAGGAGGCUGAGGAAAACUACCUCAUAAAACGGGAGUUGGCCACCAUCAAACAGCAGAGUGAUGAGGCCAGUGCUAAACUGGAGCAAGCUGAAAAUACCAUCAGGAAGCUCCAGCACCAACAGCAAUGGCAUAAAUGCAGUUCCAACUACAAUGAAGAUUUUGUGCUACAGCUAGAGAAGGAAUUGGUCCAAGCCCGUCUGAGUGAAGCCGAGUCUCAGUGUGCGCUAAAGGAAAUGCAGGAUAAAGUUCUGGAUAUAGAAAAGAGAAACAACUCCUUUCCUGAUGAGAAUAACAUUGCAAGACUUCAGGAAGAACUCAUUGCUGUGAAACUAAGAGAAGCAGAAGCCAUUAUGGGUUUGAAAGAACUUAGACAGCAAGUCAAGGAUUUAGAGGAACACUGGCAGCGCCACUUAGCUCGUACUACUGGGAGAUGGAAAGACCCACCUAAGAAGAACACUGUGAAUGAGUUACAGGAUGAACUGAUGACCAUUCGACUUAGAGAAGCUGAAACACAGGCAGAAAUAAGAGAAAUAAAACAAAGGAUGAUGGAAAUGGAAACACAGAACCAGAUCAAUAGUAAUCAUCUUCGAAGAGCAGAACAAGAGGUGAUCCAUCUACAGGAGAAGGUGCAGUAUCUUUCUGCACAGAACAAAGGACUGCUUACCCAGCUGAGUGAAGCAAAACGCAAACAAGCAGAGAUUGAGUGCAAGAAUAAGGAAGAAGUGAUGGCUGUGAGGCUCCGGGAAGCGGAUAGCAUCGCUGCUGUGGCCGAACUGCAGCAGCACAUUGCUGAGCUUGAAAUCCAGAAAGAAGAAGGAAAGCUUCAAGGACAGCUUAACAAGUCUGAUUCUAACCAGUAUAUUAGGGAACUGAAAGAUCAGAUAGCAGAGCUGAAUCAUGAGCUCAGGUGCCUAAAAGGCCAGAGGGGCUUCUCCAGCCAACCCCCUUUUGACGGAAUCCACAUCAUCAACCAUUUAAUGGGAGAUGACGAAUCAUUCCACUCCUCUGAUGAAGAGUUCAUAGAUAAUUCCUUACAGGAAAGUGGCGUGGGUUUUCCUUUGCACAGAAAAUCUGGCCUGAUGUCUUUGGACCCCGCCGUGGCCGAUGGCAGUGAAAGCGAAGCCGAAGACUGUGCUCUGAAGACCAGAGGGAGCAGCCAAGCGGCUCAGAAGGAGCGGCCGCCGAAAAGAGAGUCGUACUCAACCACUGUCUGACCAUCACUGUGACCUGGACUGUGGAGUUUUUUAAGGGAUCAGUUAUCACAUGACUAAGGGUUUUUGGAACAUAUCUGUUUCAUAUGUGUAUGUAUGUGUGUGUGUGUGUGUGUGUGUGUGUAUAUAUAUAUAUAUAUAUAUUUUACAAUCUUAUCUGCCUUUUUAUCUUUGCCAAAUCUUCACCACUGACUUACCAUUGCCAUAAAGUAGACUAGAAUAUGGUGAAUGGGAAAAAUAAGGUUCUAACAGUAUUACCGAAUAUUAAUGUUUCUUGCUUAGAAAUGCAAUUAUAUCUAUAUGUGGAAACCAUUUUGAAGUUCAGAACUAUGGGAAAUUGUUAUUUUCUUGAGACAAAACUGUUCUUGUGCAAUAUUUUAUGCUCCGUGAACAAAUUGUAUAUUUAUGUUUAUCAGUUUGUUUUCAGGGCAGCUGUCUACACACAAUUGACCAAGACCUAUAUCUGGUUUAUCUUGGGGUGUUUUUUGUGUGUUUGUGGAAUAUUUUUUUUUCCCAAUUAAAAUUACCACUUUAUGAGUGGCCCAUUGAAAAUUCCCAAACACAAAGCCUUUUUUUCAUAUAAUUUCAUAAACAAAUUAAUGGUUAUCUGUUUUGAGAAUUUUAAGUUUUAUCUUAAUUUCAAAAUUUUUAUGUGCAUAUGAUGCUUAUAGGUGUGGCCUACCAGUCAGAGUAGUAAGUGAACUACAAAUAUCUCGGGUUUUUUGUACAUAUUUAUAAAUCUGCAUCAGUCACCCCACAUGGAACAUUUUAUAUGGAGAAUGUACAUUUGCAAAAUGACUGCCUUCAGCAUUCUAACAGGACUUCUGUAAAUAAUAGAGUCGAAGAAAAAGGAAAAUAAAAACAAACACUAAUAUUUUUAAUAACUUUAGUAUUUUGCUUAGCAUUCAACACGAGCAGAUUCGUAACUCAUGCUUGUUCAAAAACACUAUUGGUGAAAUCUUUUACUUCAUGUGUAUGUAGCUAAUAAAUUUCUCAUGAUUAGAGAGGUUAUAGCACACAUUACUUAGUGCUAAUAGUCUACUUAAUAUAAUUUAAGCCAAGGACUGAGGUCCAUGAUACACAGCAGUUGUAUGUGCAAAUAAUCUAUGAACUUUCUCUUCAGAUUCUCUAGUUACUAAUCUAUAGAUAAAGCAAAGCCAUAAGAAUCCUUUCCUACCAGUUCCUUAUCAUCUAGACUUUUUUUUUCCCUAGAAAACUGAAUGCCUAUUGUUGAUAAAUUGGAGGAACUAGCCAAACUAUACUUACACUAUGGAAAGACUGCAAAAAUGUGUUGACUGGAUGCUUUCUAUUCUCGUUUUCAUCAGCAGCCUAUGGAAAGAAAUAAAUAACCUUCAAGAAUAAGAGCAAGGUGGAAGUCAGUAAAUACAAAGGUACAAUUCUGUACAAUGUGUUGCAUGCAGAAAAGACUACAUGACAAAAUGGAGUAGAAGAGACAGUAGUUUUCUGUCUAAAACCAGGAGUUGGCGUUCCUGUUGUUGCUUAGCAGAUUAAACCUGAUUCGUACCCAUGAGGAUGUGGGUUUGAUCCCUGGCCUCGCUCAGUGGGUUAAGGAUCUGGCGUUGCUGUGGCUAUGGCGUAGGCUGGCAGGUACAGCUCCGAUUUGACCCCUAUCUGGGACUUCCAUAUGCCACAGGUGCAGCCCUGAAAAGCAAAAAAUAAAAUAAAUAAGACCAGGAGUUAAGCCUUAUAGUACAUUGUAGGCAAGGCUUUCCCAGCAAGGCCUUGGUAGCUUUUUGCUUGAGAAACAAGAUUGAAAACAUGCCUACCCUGUCCAUCAUCCCAGGCUAAAUUCUAGUGGUUGGGUAAUUUACCUGUGGUCACAAGUUCGUAUAUAGCAGAGCCAAGAUUUUAAUCCAGAUCAACAGAACAUUUGAAAAAGGCUCAGCUAAUGAAUUUCUCACUUCCCUGCUUUUCUGAUAGUGGAAUAGCAAAUCAAAAUAAAUGUGAUUUAAAUGUUUCUUGAAGAUAUUGUGUAGCUGUGUAUUUAUAGACAUGUGAGUAUCAACACUCAUAAGUGUUAUGCAGCUUGUAAGUAUAGAUACUGCUCCUACAACUGACUGGGGCCUCUGGGCUUCUCUUGGCACCCACUGCUGUCACCCUAUGGCUGUCGAUGCCCGAGAGAAAGGAGAGGGUUCAGAACCACGUCAUUACGCUUGACCCUUCACCUCCAGAAAUCAGAAUGAGCCCAUAAGCCUGGUCCAGCCAACAACCACUUUGUGUAUGAUUCACAAGCUAAGGGUGGUUUUUACAUUUGUAAUUCAUUGAGGAAAAAAAUCAAAAGAAUGACAUUUUGUGUCACAUGAAAAUCUUAUGACUUUGAAAUUUCAGUGUUGAUAAAGUUUUAUUGGAAGCUACCUGUGCUUACUCAUUGGCGGUGUUGCCGUAGCUGCUUUGGACUAUGAUAGCAAGUGGUGUAGCUUAAACUACAACUGUCUGUCCCUUUAAGGAAAGAGUUUGCUGACCUUAACUUUUUAUUUUAUUUUUUUUCCUUUUUCAAGGCACACCCAAGGGUAUGGAAGUUCCUGGGCCAGGGAUUGAAACCAAGCUGCAUCUGCUGUCUAUGCCACCGCUGCAGCAACCGCAGAUCCUUAACCCCCGUGCCAGGCUGGGGCACGAACCAGCAACGCCACAGGGAUGUUGUGGUCAUUAAGCCACUGAGCCACAGUGGGAACUCCUCCUGACAUUAAUUGAAAUACUUUAAAAUGUAGAUUACCUCUUCAUCUUGUCUCAAGUAGGAAAUUGAACCAUUUGGUUUUGCUGUUGAGUUAAUGGUUUGGAGACGUAAAAUUCCCUGGUGGAUCUUAUGCUUAGAACUAUUCAAAUGGAGAGUGUGCCAGGUAUUUUAGAUUACGAAGUCUUUGAAGCCAUAGAUAAAUCUAGAAGCAUAUCUGUGCCUUUGGAAAGGGAGGAAGAAAGGAAAGAAUUCCAGAACCCCAGCACUGUUCUUUAAAGCAUGCGUCAUCCACCUUUAGGGUGCGCCUCAUUGAGUCAGUGUUAUUUAAGAGUUUGACUUUAAAAGUCAGAACACCUUUCUAGAACCAUGUUUCAGUUCUAAACUUUGAAAGGUAUUUUUAGAGAAUUUCCUGUGCACUGUUUCUGGUUAGGAAUUAGUUGUUAAAAGAAUCGUGGUAAGUAAGCCUUAACCUGUUGAGACUCUAAUUUGGAUAACGAACAACCUGAAACAACAAUCGUCUCCUUCCAGAUCUUGGAUUUAGCUCCUCUGUCGAAGCGUUUAAAAUCUUCCCAGCCUCUAGGAGGUAGUAGGAGGACGCCCUCCUUUGAGAUAGCUGCUUCCUGGUGUCAUUGCCAGUAGAGACUACAGCCCGUCCGAGUAAGAUGGAAGUUGUAUUGAGGUGAUGAAACAGACCUCAUAGAUCAAGAAAAUAUUUCGACAGCCUUUUAAAAAAAUUCAUGGUAACAAAGAGAAGUAACUUUAUACAACUUCUACCCUUUCUUAUUGAUCGAUACUGGGCACUCCGUGUUUGAUGACUGACUGAGAUGCAAGUCCCACCUAACAGGCUGGCCAUUCUAGGAGGAAAAAACCUUUUUCUCAGCUCUGGACAACGCGGCUUGUUUCUCUCCAGAUAGUGCCUUUGAUUGAAAACAAGGUCUAGAGCUUCUUCAGUGUUUUUUUUCCUGACGUGAUAGGAAAUGUGUGGGUCCUCAUUCUUCUUCCGCUUUUACAUCCUACCCUAUAAUUUUCAGAUAUGAAGUAAAAUAAGGGUAUGAAUUGUGUUUUGAUCGCUUGAUGAUUGUGUGCGUACCAGAUGUGGACAGCUAACCGUUCAUGAAACCAGUGAUUUACUUAGUUAAAGCAACGAGCUUUAGCCUGAAAGUUACUGCUGCUCUGUCAUUAACAAAACAGUAAGUUUUUUAAUUAAUUACUUCUAAUUUAAUUCAUUCUACUGAAACUAAAGUUUCUGGUUAAAAAUGGAGUGAAUGCUAUUUAUAAUCCAAGUUUUUGCAUCACGUCCAUUGAUCUAUUGAUUCCUUCUUCUCACUCCAAAGAACUGAGAGAAUAAUGCAUUGGAUAUACUACAGAGAUGCAACAUUAUAAUGUAUUUCGUUUUACUCUUGGAAUUUCUUAUUGUAACAUUGUAUGAUAGCCUGAAAUGUUUUACUUGUGCCUUUGCUUUAAACAAUUAAAGUUUUCCAUUUUA